AUGUAUGUUCAAGCUGUUUAUGACUUUCACCAAGUUCUUGAGGCCCACAUUCCUAGACCAAUUAGGGUUUAUGUCGUUUCGCCUAAUAUAAAGUCUUCGUUACACUUCUCUCAUCGUUUCUGCAGCCAAUUCUCCCGUUUAGCAGCAAUGGUGAAGUACUCUCAAGAACCCGACAAUCAGACCAAGUCUUGUAAGGCUAGAGGAUCCGACCUUAGGGUUCACUUCAAGAACACCCGUGAAACAGCGCACGCCAUCAGGAAGCUACCAUUGCUCAAGGCGAAGAGGUACCUUGAAGAUGUGAUAGCUCACAAGCAAGCCAUUCCCUUCACCCGUUUCUGCAGAGGUGUUGGAAGGACUGCCCAAGCCAAGAACAGGCACUCUAAUGGUCAGGGACGUUGGCCUGCGAAGUCUGCUCAGUUCGUUCUUGAUUUGCUUAAGAACGCUGAGAGCAAUGCUGAGGUGAAAGGUUUGGAUGUUGAUGCCCUCUUCAUAUCACACAUCCAAGUGAACCAGGCCGCAAAGCAAAGGAGAAGGACUUACCGUGCCCACGGAAGAAUCAAUCCUUACAUGUCAAACCCAUGCCACAUUGAGUUGAUUUUGUCUGAGAAAGAAGAGUCUGUCAAGAAAGAGCCGGAGACGCAGUUGGCAGCUAAGUCUAAGAAAUCAGCAGCUUAAGCUUUCUUUGUUUUUUUUUAGUCUCCUUUUUGUGUUGUUGAAAGAGAUUUUGUUUCAUUUUUCUCCAUCUUUGCAAGACGAUAGAUAUGUUUUUUGUUGGAUCUUUUGUUCAGUGUUGCUGUUUGAUGAUGGUUAGUAUUAUUCAUUCGAUCUUUUCUA